GUUUGAGCUUGACAGAAGGCGCCUGAAUGCAGACGUUUUCCUUGGAGCAUUAUGGAGACCCAUUUUGUCUGAUGCAAUAUCGAUUUUUCUGUCGCCUGUGCUGUUUUCUGGGGUUUCUGACAUCAACUACUAUUCAACAGCAGACAAGAUUUCCAGUAACAUUCAGUUCCAGCCCGAAUGCUGAUCUCUGCCCUGCAUCCAGAAUUGGCCAAGAUGAUUUACCAGGCUAUGAUCUGAUUUCACAGUUCCAGCUUGAUAAAGCUGCUUCCAGAGGCAUUAUCCAGCGUGUGGUGGGUUCCACAACUUUACAAGUGGCUUACAAAUUAGGCACAAAUGUAGACUUCAGGAUUCCUACUAGAUCUUUGUAUCCAAAUGGAUUACCUGGUGAAUAUUCCAUUUUAACUACUUUUCGAAUGACUGGAAAUACACUUCAGAAAUACUGGAGCAUUUGGCAGGUUCUGGACUCUUCUGGAAAUGAACAAGUUGGAGUGAGGUUUAAUGGGCCAGCCAAAUCUGUUGAGUACUCAUAUAAAGGAACUGAUGGAAGUCUCCAGACUGCAACAUUUUUGGAUUUGCCAUAUCUAUUUGAUUCCCAAUGGCAUAAAGUUAUGGUUGGCAUAGAAAGGAGCUCUGUUGCUCUUUAUAUUGAUUGCACUUUGAUCCAGACUUUGCCCAUCACACCAAGAGGAAAGAUCAGCGUUGAUGGCUUUACCACACUUGGAAAACUGAAAAGUAAUCCUGAGAUUUCAGUUCCGUUUGAGAUCCAGUGGAUGCUGAUUCACUGUGAUCCUCAACGACCUCAGAGAGAAACGUGCGGUGAACUUACAGCCAGGAGCUCGAUAAGCCAGACAAUCAUCAAGAGAGGCCCCCCAGGAGCACAAGGACCCCCUGGCCCCCCAGGCCCACCUGGAGUUCCUGGCAUUGAUGGCAUAGAUGGAGACAGAGGACCUAAUGGACCACCAGGCCCUCCGGGUCCAGAUGGUGAGCCAGGUAAAACAGGGGUCCCUGGAUUGCCAGGAGUACCAGGAGCUGAUGGAUUGACAGGCCCUAAUGGAUCACCAGGGUCAGCUGGCCCAAAGGGACAAAAGGGUGAACCAGGGUUGCCUGGAGGUCGUGGACUUCCUGGAAAAGGGAUUCCUGGAUCUCGAGGGCCUCCUGGUAUAGCAGGACUUCCUGGAGAAGUGGGCAGAGUUGGGCCUUCUGGUGAUCCUGGAAGAAGAGGCCCUCCAGGAGUACCAGGACCUCCAGGACCUAGGGGAACAGUUGGACUUCAUGAUGGAGAUCCACUGUGUCCCAAUGCUUGUCUACCAGGCCGACCAGGACACGCUGGGCUAAUGGGCAUGAAGGGUCACAAGGGAGCAAAAGGAGAAUCUGGUGAACCAGGAAAACAAGGCCACAGGGGAGAAGAAGGUGAUCAAGGAGGAAUUGGUGAUGUUGGCACUCAAGGCCCUCCAGGAUCUCAAGGGUUAAGAGGUAUAACGGGCAUAAUGGGACCCCAAGGUGAUAAAGGUACUCGGGGUCUGGAUGGUGAUCCUGGUCCACAAGGUCUUCCUGGGGCUCCUGGUGAUCAAGGACAAAGAGGUGCCCUGGGAGAGAUGGGUCCCAAAGGAGAGAGAGGUCCUCAAGGUGUCAGAGGAAUUACUGGUCUCCCUGGGCCUAAAGGAGAACAUGGUUUACCUGGUGUCAAUGGCCGUGAUGGGAUCCCUGCCAUGCCAGGAUCGAAGGGUGAACCAGGAAAACCAGGCCCUCCGGGUGAUGUAGGACGUCAGGGGAUUCCAGGUUUACCUGGCACUCCUGGAGCAAAAGGUGUUUCUGGUGAAAAGGGUAAUGCAGGUGCUCCUGGUAUACCUGGCGUGAUGGGGAAUUCGGGUAAACCUGGAGAACAAGGACCCCAGGGUGGAGAAGGACCAAUUGGACCCAGAGGUCCACCUGGUAGCAGAGGUGAGCCAGGUCCAUCUGGUCCUCCGGGUCCACCAGGUAAAAUGGGUGCUGAUGGUGACCUCGGCCUCCCAGGUUUACCCGGACCACCAGGAUUGCCUGGUCCAAGAGGUGACAGGGGUUCAGUUGGUGAACCAGGGCCUAAAGGAGAGCAGGGUGCUGCUGGUGGAGAAGGAGAGUCUGGACAAAGAGGCGACCUUGGUGACAUGGGUUUGCCAGGCCCUAAAGGAUCUGCUGGGAAUCCUGGAGAACCUGGGUCACGUGGACCUGAAGGAAGUCGUGGUUUGCCUGGCAUGGAAGGAUUGCGGGGCCCACCUGGUCCCCGUGGUUUACAAGGUCAACAAGGUGCUCCAGGUCUGCCUGGUAGCCAGGGUCCAGCUGGCAGAGAGCCAACUGAUGCCCACAUUAAGCAGGUUUGCAUGAGAGUAAUGCAAGAACAACUGGCUCAAUUGGCUGCCAGCCUUCGGCGACCAGAAUUUGGUGCCCCAGGUCUCCCAGGACGCCCUGGACCACCUGGUUCCCCCGGACCUCCUGGAGAAAAUGGCUUCCCAGGCCAAAUGGGAUCCCGAGGUCUGCCUGGCCUUAAGGGGCCUCCUGGUGACAUUGGACUGAAAGGCCCCAAAGGUGAAACGGGUGAAAAGGGGGAGAGAGGACUCCCAGGUCGAGGACCCAAAGGCUUACCUGGAACAACAGGACUUCCAGGAGAGCCAGGCAAGGCCAGCUAUGGCACAGACGGACGAGAUGGCGACCGAGGCCCACCUGGAGCAGCUGGCCUACCUGGGGUUCCGGGUCCCCCUGGUCCUCCAGGUCCUCCUGGUUACUGUGAGCCAUCAGCCUGCACUAUGCAAGCUGGACUGAGAGAAGGCAAGAAUGUGAAAGGGCCAUGAGAAGUGCCAACAUUUAGGGAAUUCAUGGAAACAACAGACUAUCUGCACAUUCAUCUGGCAACAGAGAAAAAAAAAGAACAGAGGAGAAGCUUCCUGUAACAACACAGAGAAUCCUAUCAAAGACUUGACAGACUUAAAAUGCACUGGUUGUCACUUUCUUCAGCUUGUACAAACAGUACAUGGCAACCAGAUUUUUCUUCUUUAAUGGUGCUUACAAAGUGAUACCAGAUGGCUUUUUCUUAUUGUGGUGAGAGACAAUUGUCUAUUGACUUGUUCCCAAAUACUAAUCUUAACCUGUCAUCUAUUCAUAUUGUACUGUAAUACAGCAUCCAAGUGAAUGUCAUCAUUUGGUUAUGUUGUUUAAUAUCAUUUGUAAAGUUGCAUUUGUCUUUUUCCCACACAGAUGUUAAAGUUAGUUGCUCUUACCUGUCAGUGUGAUUUCAGUUGUACAGAAACAGCUGCCACAUAAAAACAGGAUGAGAAAACUGGGUAAAUGGGGGGACACUAGGUAAUAUAACAUGUAAAAGAACCUUUAUAUAUAGGGGGUUUCUGCUCCACACUGUACUGAAUUCUGUUUAACGUGUUAGCAUCAUCAGCGUUACCUUGUGGUCCAUCUGCCUGAAAUCAAAGAGGUCAAAAAGCCACUGGAAAGGGAAUUUUAAUCUUUGGUAACAUCUAAGAUUUAUAGAUGAGUUUAUUUAUUUAAAAGAUCUUGUGUCAUGUCUCUGGUUGUAUAAAAAUUGAAAUAAAUAACAUUUUAAAACCUUUU